AAGAAUAGUAGGUUCUGUUUCUGUUGACUUGACUGCUUGACUCUUGACUGUGUACUGUUACUGUAGUCUGUUUUCUAAAUGAAUUGAAUGAAUGAGCAAUGAGAGAUAAGAUUACUAUACGUCACGCUUGAAAACGGUUCAAAAUCAAUUUUGAACACUGUUUAACAAGAAAAUACAACUCAAAUCUGACAAGCUGACAUUUUGUUUACAUUAUCGCAAGGAGUCAGAAAACCAAUAAAAUUAACAGAAGAAGAAGAAGAAUUCAUAUUUAAGAAAAAAUCAACAAUCAUAUUGCAUAUAUUUUCAUUUAAUAUAGUUGUUUAAAGAUUAUUCCAUGUCCAGCAUCAAAUUACAAGAUGAUUUCAAUAAUAUUCCUCUCGCAGAUGAUGAUCCACAAGUUAUUAUUAACGAUGAGCCUGAGCCUGCAUCAUUAUCAGAAGGAAAUUCAUCUAGUAUGAUUCAUGGUAGGAGCAUGGACUCAAUACAGUCCACCUUCACAAAUGGUAGUUCUAGCCCCCAGCAUAAUAGCUUAGAACCUGAUUCCAGUCCUGAUGAACAGGAGGAGAAAGCCAGGUUGAUAUCUCAAGUUCUAGAGUUACAAAAUACUCUGGAUGACCUGUCACAGAGGGUUGAUAGUGUCAAGGAAGAAAAUCUGAAACUACGUUCUGAAAACCAAGUGCUUGGCCAGUAUAUUGAAAAUUUGAUGUCUGCAUCAAGUGUAUUUCAGUCAACCUCUCCUAAAAUAAAGAAGAAGUGAAUGAAUUCCAGUUCUUGUUUUGAACUAUGCAUUGUCUAUGAAUGUUAUUUAACACUGCACCAGCUUGGUUGAUAGUUAGAACAGCCUGUGAUUCAUUUCAUUACCUAUAUAUUUUAUAAUUUGAUGACUAAUAUUGUGUUCAUAAAAAUUGAAUAUCAAUUUCCUGUACCAUAUUUUUCAAUGUUGAUAACUUUUCAUUGUUUCUUUAACAACUAAAGGAAAAUUGGUCCAUCCAUUGAACAUAAUUAUGAAUUAAUGGAAAAGUACAUUUUGUAAAACACUUUGCUUGGACAGGUAUGAUCAUAAUGAACAUUUUAUGAGAGGUUCAAGAAUACAAAAUGUAGCUGAACUCCAGGAAGGAUAGUAGAGACCUACUAUUAUUUUUAUUAUAUGUUAUUGAUAAUUAUUUCACCAUAGGUAGGGUGAUUAUAAAAGUUAUUGAUGUGAAAUUUUAUGUAAACAACAUUGUAUAGGUACC